AUGACAAAUAACAUUAUACCUCAGGAAGAUAAUACUAGUGAGAUACUAAGGGCCGACAUACUUAAAUAUGGCUAUAUGAACAAACGAAAUAAACUCAGAAAAAACAAAACAAAUGAUAAUCCAGCCAAACGUCAAGAAUGGGCCAUUAAGUUCUUAGAAAAAGAACGAAAUAAUUUGAUGACUGAUUUGUACGCAAUGGAAUCCGAAGUAAAAGUAAAGGAAGAAGAGAAGUACAGGGCAAAAUUUACAAGUUUGAUUCACGAAACUAAACUGGCAAAAAUUGAGCUGAACGAACAAAGAAAAAUCGAGGCGCAAGUGGACAAAGAGAUAGUCCAGUUGGAAGCUGAACUAGAAAAGCUUACAAUCAGAAAUAGAUUGGCAAAUGACGAUGUCCCGACAUUAACCACUAAUACUGCAAACAACGAAUACAACAGGUUACUUUAUGAACAAAAUCAACUGAAAGUGCAAGUGGAAAUGUUGCUUAAACGGUGGCAACAAACACAAAAUAUUUACAAUUCGCACAUGAAUAAGUUGAACAAAGGAAAAGAAAUAGUAUCUGUUCUUACCGAACAAGUUGCGAGGACUUACACAUUCAGAGAUGAAGCUAAGGAAAGGUUGGAGACAUAUUUAAAAUCAAGUAAAGCUCAAAAUGGUGAUAAUAAAAAUCACAUAACGUCACUCAGACGGCAGGUGAACGAAGAUUUAAGAAUGACAACAUUUCUUUCACAAAAGCUAAAAUUAAGACAUAAUAAACACAUUGAAAAACCAAUCGAAGAGAAUACUGAAAUGUUAGCGUUAAACGUUGAAGCAGAAACAUUUAUUAAACAUUUAAUUUACAUUGCUGAAGACAAAAACUUAGAAAAUAUUAUGGAACAAAUUGUUAAAAUGGACCUUGAUAAUCAAUCCAUGUUUAGGUUUUUGGUGGAAUUAGAAUCAUCCUUGACGACAGCGGAAAACACGAUCGAAGAAACGCGCGUAAUCGUGACGGAAAGAAAGCGCGAGUUGUGUGACGCGCAGGCGGCAAAAGCGGAGGAGUUUGCGAACGCCGUGAGGACGUUCAAAGCCGGGCGGGCGCCUUUGCGGGAGGCGCGCAGAACGUUGCGGCUGAUGGCGGACGAAUGGCGGCAGACGUGCCAGACGGUGGACGACGCGUGCGAGCUGAUGAUGGGCUCGGACAGCCGGCGGCCAUCGUACCAUCUCUUGGUGCGUUGCGACGGUGGUGGCGGAGACGGCUGCGAAGAAGAAGGAGAAGGAGAAGGAGAAGGAGAAGGUGAUGGAGAAGAAGGAGAAGAUGACGAAGCCGACGAAAGCGACGACGGCGGCGGCGGAGGCGGUCGUCACCGCCGUCGUCACCACCACCGCCACCGACGGCGCCGCCGCCGCCGCCGCGAACGGCCGGGCGACGGAUCGCUAUCGCCGACCGCCAUACUGACCGAGUUGAUCGAGUAUUUCGAGCCGAUGGACAGGCGACUGGACGACGUAUUGCAACGGGUGUUCUGGAUACAAAACAACUACAUUUACGAGGACAGCGGGCCGAGACAGCAGCAGGAGGCGGCCGCCGGUGACUCGAUGUCCACCGCGUCCGAGCAGGAAGACGAGUUCCUGUCUCGCGAUCUGGACGGAACCGUCAACAGACACGCGAAAAUCAUCGCCGCCCUAGAUCCGACCACCGUUACGCCCGACAACGAACCACCGGCGCCGGACGCCGGUCAAGUGUCUUCGCUCUGUCCCAGGUGUUUAGAAAAGCGUUAUGAAGAAGAAAACCAAUGGGUGUUGAAGUAUAUCGAUAAGACCCAAGGAGGUAGAGAUACACCACCGAGCAUAUUACGUAUAUGCGACAGUAAUAAUGUCAGUACUAAAGAAGUUAAUGACGAAGAUUUUAAGAAAUACUUUCAUCGGACUUUAGACUGUCCUCUUUAUACAGCUGAAAAGUCCCACACCAAGUAA